AUGCAUCAGCUCUUCAGACUGGUCUUGGGACAAAAAGAUCUUUCACGAGCCGGCGACCUCUUCUCCUUAGAUGACUCUGAGAUUGAAGACAGCCUGACAGAAGCCUUGGAGCAAAUUAAAAUCAUUAGCUCAUCUUCAGAUUACCAAACCAAUAACAAUGACCAAGCAGUGGUUGAAAUCUGUAUCACACGAAUCACAACAGCCAUCAGAGAAACAGAGUCGAUUGAAAAGCAUGCAAAGGCCCUUGUGGGGCUCUGGGACUCCUGCCUGGAACACAACCUGAGACCGUCCGGGAAAGACGAAGACACUCCCCACGCAAAAAUCGCGUCUGAUAUCAUGAGUUGCAUUUUACAGAAUUACAACCGGCCCCCUGUGAUGGCAUUAGCCAUCCCUAUUGCAGUGAAAUUCCUCCACAGAGGCAACAAGGAACUGUGCAGGAAUAUGUCCAACUACCUGUCCCUGGCUGCAAUUACCAAGGCAGACCUCCUGGCCGAUCACACAGAGGUUAUAGUAAAGAGCAUACUCCAAGGUAUGGUGCAACGGCUGAGCUUGGGGACGUGUUUUAACAAUCAUUUUAAAGUAUUUUCAUGA